AUGGUGCUCCCCCACGACCUGUGCUCAAUGAUCCAAAACGCCUCGCGCGCGCGCCACGCACGCGUUGCCGUCCCACACACAACCCAAAACCUCGGCAUCCUCACCGUCCUCCUCCGCUCAGGGCUCAUCCAGUCACUCACCCGCGGAACGUCCCAAGCGCCCUUACCCUCCGCCUUCACCUCGGCCUCGGAGCCCGAACGCCGGAUAUGGGCAGAGCUCAAGUACCGGGCCGAGCGACCGGUGUUGAAUGAGAUGCAUGCGGUCUCGAAGCCGAGUUUGAGGAAGGUCUUGUCGUUUGAUGAGAUCAGGAGGAUUUGUAGUGGGAGGAGGGCGCAGACUGUUAGGCCGUUGGGCAUGGGCGAGGUCGCGGUUGUGCAUACGAAGAAUAAGGAGCAUGAAGGUCAUUUGCAGGGCGUCAUGAGUGUCACACUUGCUUUGGACCGACACUUCGCUACUAUACCUUGCUAUUCAUUCAUGUUCUGCACGCGCCAUCGUUCGCCACCAUCGCUACUCAUAGACCCUGCCUAG